CUUUCUAAUACAUUCACAAUUAUUUCUAAUAACAGGAUUAUGAAUACUUGAUUGAAAAUAAAUAAUAAUCCUACACACAGGUGUCACAGUAGUAAUGUAACAAUGUGGAAUUGGUUAAUCGAGAGGAGUGAAAGUGCCACAUCCACAAAGAGAGAGACAGAAAAACAGGAUGAGAGCAAAGGUUGGAGGAGAAUCAUAAAACACAACACGAUUGUUCAGAGCUACAAAUACACAAUUAUGAAAAUUAUUAGUAAUUAUGAAAACAAUAUUCUCUUUCUGAAAAUAGAUUCACUAAAUCCUCUGCACAGGUAUUGCAGCAGUGAUCUCAACGCCACACCCAUAGAUACGUACACACACACACACGCAAAUAGAAAUACAGAAAGCACAGGGGGAGGAGACUGAACACCAAACAUCUCUUUAUAUAAAGAGGACAGCUUGAAGUGCAUAUUAUCAGUAACAAGGACAUCCUUUUCAUGCAGACUGAAGUCAGAUUCAUUGCUAUUGCCAAGGUAACUGACACAAACAUACAUAACAUGUCUCUUGAUAAUUGCAAUUAUCACAGAUGAUUGUGUGAAAAUGAUUGCCAAUGUGUCUGUAAUGUGUUAUUCAUAAAGAGUAAUUAAGAAAGCAGAAAUAAAGAAGAAAUUGAGUAUAAUGGAAAUUACAUUCUGCAAAAUGUUUCUGUUGUUUACAAACUUGGUUUCAUCUUAUUGUUGAAUGCAUCUUUACUUUAUACAAGUAUUUAAUUGUUCUAAUUUCUGCAUGUGUUGAACUAAUAAUUUCUCUUUUUCUCCUCCCUUAAUUUUUACGAGGAAAUCCAAAGUAUUUACUUAAGAUUUAAUUCAUUUUAAAUUCUCAUCAUUUUUGUCAUCUAUUGUAACACAAAUCUAUUUGUUAGUGUCAGAAUCGUUCAGUUAUUCGAAAGUAUAAUAUAUUGAGUACACAUGAGUACUUUAGGCACGUUAAGUAUAUUUUCAUACUAGUGCGUAGGGGAAAUACUACUACUUUGUUCAAAUGCUACUACUUUUGUAAACUUGUAAAUACCUGCUGUACUGUAUGCUGAUUUAAGUCAGUGAUACAUUUUACAAACUGCUCAACUGUAAGAAAUUCCACCCAAAAUAUUCUAAACAUUUUUAAAAGCAUUAAAGAAAAACACAAAACAUAAUUCAUUAACCAAGCAUUUGUACUUGAACUGGAAAGGGGCAGGAAAUAAAAACAGGGUACUAUUCAAAUUAAAGAGCAGAAUGAUAUCAGAUAGUUAUUUUUAGGGAACAGCAUGCUUGCCCCUUUUUAUGCUUGUAAUUAUUCAUCAGGCCUUAACUUGCCAUUAUUACUAACAAUAAUAGUCACAGUAAAUGUAUCACAUGACUGCUAACUGUUUCCUUAUGUACCCAGAACAAAAUAUCACUGACCUUCGUCGGCUAACUCCUAAUCAGUUGGAGAAAAUUGUCAUAAAGUAAGUUUAUGCAUGUUAAAAGAAGUUGCAUUGUUCACACAGUUAAUUUAGUAUGUUUCUGCUAUGCUUUCUUAUGGGGGUUUUUGUUAGUUUUUUUACUCUUAAGGGAUAGUAUCCAUCUUCCAAUCUACAACACUAUGGAAAAGCACUUUGACACCAAAGAAAGCAAGAGUGGCAAACAAGAAGGGUGCAAAAAAAGACCCUUUGAGAUACCAACCGAUGGUGAUGAUCCCAACACUGGCACUUGCAAAAUUCCAGUGGCUGUCCAGAAGGGGUUUUUGGAAGAAGUGUGUUCUAACUUUAAAGAAUAUGAAGACAAAAUAAAAAAACAAAACAUCACUGAUCUUUCUCAGGUAACUCCUUAUCAGUUGGAGAAAAUUGGCAUAAAGCAUCGCAGUGUCCGUCUUACAAUCUACAAUACUAUGAAGAAGCACCUUGGCAUCAAAGAUUUAAACAAGGUGUUUAAUGAUCCCAUUCAUGGCCACAUCGAGUUGCACCCACUUCUUGUCAAGAUCAUAGACACCCCUCAGUUUCAUAGACUACGAAACAUCAAGCAACUUGGGGGGGUAUAUUUUGUUUAUCCAGGAGCAUCGCACAACCGCUUUGAACACUCUAUUGGGGUGGCAUACUUAGCAGGAGAGCUUGCUAAAGCCCUCAAGGUGAAGCAGCCAGAACUUCACAUCAGUGAACGAGAUGUCCUCUGUGUGCAAAUUGCAGGUCUUUGCCAUGACCUGGGACACGGGCCCUUUUCUCAUUUUUUUGAUGGAAUGUUCAUGCCCGAAGCAGGUGAUAAAAAGUGGAAGGUAAGCAAAAAAACAUUUGGAGUUUAUCGUAGUAGCCAUCCUAAAACUGAAGUACAUGAAAAUUCCAAAAAAUGAUUAAUUAAACUGCGUUAAUAAGUGACCUUUAGAGGUACUGGUUUGUAAACUUUGCAUGGUUUUCCCUGUUUCCCAGUGUUAUGGUUCUUAGGGUCUGUGAUAAUUUUGGAGUUUUGAAUCCUUGGUUAUUAUAUUCAGUUUGAGUUUUUCCUGUUUUGUGUUUAUUGUAUUUUCAUAUUGUUGUUUGUUCCCUUUACAAAGAUAAUAUGUUGUGAAUCUUAGUUUUGGUAAUUUUAUGUUACUAUUAUCAUUAUUACAGUGAUGAGCUUGAGUUUUGUCUUGACUUUGUUAUUCCUGUCUCAUGUAUUCCUGGGGAUUUUAAAGAAAGGCAUCUAUCAUCAUGUUUAGCGAUGAUAGAUGGUGAAUAUUCAGACAUAAAAGCUGUGUUCUUCCUGUUGUUUUACCGUAUGAAAUAACAUCAAAAAGCUGAAGUGUACUUUAAAAAACAAAAUGUUUCCAACAGUGUUUUAAACCAAACUCCUACCACUUUAUUCAUUUUAGUUGCCUGUUAGUGUUGUUUUAUCCUUUUCCUCCCACAAUCAACAAAUUCAUGUUGAUAUAAUGAAAACAUUUAAGGUUUCAAAGAGUUCUAAUUAGUAUGACUGUCUUGACCACAAUAAUAGAGCUCGCUUUUAGACGUGAUAUCUGAGAGCUAACACAUCUGUAUCACUUUUAGCAAACUACUUGUCAGGAUCCUGGGUCUCCUGACCCACCGUUUUUAGUUCUUUGUGAUUCUUGUAUUUUGUACUUGUGUGAUUUAUU